AUUAAAUAUGAAAGAUAUUGAAGUUGAUAGCGAGAGCAGCGAGUCUGAAAUUGAUGAGAAUGAUCCAUUAGCUCCUCAGUUACAUUAUAUUAGAAGGCAAAAACAGUUAGAAAGAGAAAAGAAAAGAAGCAAUAAAUGGGUGAUAAAAGCACUUAAAAUGGGGCCUUGCUUGAGGAAAAUCGAGACCUUUGGCAAAUAUUUGCUGAUUCUUGGAGUCUUGGGAGUACUUUUGUACCUUAGCAGUGACAAACUCACAGAGUUUAAUAAAUAAAAUGACAAAGAAGUACCAGAACAAGGAAGAUUCUAUGUGGGACGAUGACACUAGUCAGAAUACAUGGAUUUUCCAGAUGUAUAUAGACCUUUUGUCAAAGAAUUUUAGCAUUUUUGCUUUAAAAGAGAUGAGCUUUUACAUAAUCCUUACAAUUGUAAUUCUCAUUGGAUUUGGAUACUUGAGCUACGAAAAUCACCAGUAUGACCUUCAAAUGGAGGUAUUGGAGAACCAACAGAGAGAAAAGAAUGAAA